CUCUUUUUGAUACUUUAAAUCGUAGAUUGCCACAGGAAGGAAUCAGACAUGAUUCAAAUGAUAUCAAGGUUAUUGAAGAAUCUCUUAGAGUGGUUAAAUAGAUGGGAAGCAUUCAGAUUACAGAUUAAAAGCACUGAUCAAAAGGGAUUUUUGAGCCACCAGACAGCAGAAAAUCUACGCUUGACGCUGACUAGUAUCUUAGCACUCGUCAAACAAUUGCUUCCAAACUCAUAUUAUAUCCUGACAGCUCACUUUAAUCGGGACCCAUUAGAGCGUUUCUUUGGAAUGAUAAGACAAGGAAGUGGAAGCAGUUCUCAUCCCACAACAGUACAGUUCUUAUACCUGUACAGACUGAUGACUGUGUACAGUUUGGUUCAUCCUCCCAAACGAGCAUCAGUUCAAACUGAUCCUGGAUCUAUCCUUAUUACUUUAAAAAAUCUUCUUCGUAGUCAUAAAAAGCCAUUUAAAGAAGUUCAAGAACAAUUGGAAGAACAUUUAGAAAAUUUGCUUUGUGAUCCAAGCCUAUACUAUGAAGAUCCUAGUGAUAGUGAAUUGUAA